AGUAGGUACUGAAGCUUCAACGGUGGUUGUUGGGUGGAUCGUUGCCACUCAUCGUAGUCAUCGAUAAGACGCCGUCGCGUUUCGAGCGAGUGACAGUGCGGGUCAACACUUGUCUUGGACCGUUGGACGUACCUAUUUUCAGUUUCAAACCACCCAUCAGACGUAUAAUAAUUUAAUUCUGAGAACUUUAGAGCGCUGAACUCACACGUUUUUCAGGUUUUAGUUGUGAAGUGUUUUGUGUGUGAGAAGAAAUUGAGGAACUGUACCUAACUAAGAAAUUGCAAUGUUUUCCUUGGUGCACAAACAAGAAAAUGCUCACACUGAGGGCAUCUGGGCAUGUGCAUGGGGAAAAUUUAUACCUGGUGCCCACAACAAUCCUCCAUCAGAAACAAAUGGUACUGAGGACCCAGAGCCCACACCUCCCACUGAAAAUCUUCCAGACAGUGAGGUGCAAUACCUGGUCACUGGAGGGUUGGAUGACACAGUUCGAGUGUGGAAGUGGGUUGACAGUGACGAUGGAAGUGGCGGAGGCCAGCUAUCAAAGCUACACACAUUGGAAGGCCACUCCUUAGGUGUUAUAUCAACUGCAGUAAAUCCAGCCGGCACCAUUGCUGCCUCAUCCUCUCUGGAUUCUACCAUAAAGCUGUGGAACCUUCACACCGGCGAACAGAUGGAGAGUCUGGACUGCAGCCCUGUAGAGUCGUGGUCGGUGGUGUUCUCGCCCUGUGGCCAGCACGUGGCGACUGGCAACCACGCGGGCAAAAUCAACAUCUACCAAGCCAAGGGCGGCGAGCACGUAUCCACCCUGGACACCAGAGGGCGCUUCACCUACACCAUAGCUUACAGUCAAGAUGGGAAGUACAUAGCAAGCGGGGCCAUUGACGGCUUCAUUAACGUGUUCGAGGUGGAGAGCGGCAAGCUUCUGCACACCAUCGAGGGCCACGCCAUGACCAUCCGCUCCAUCACUUUCUCUCCUGACUCCCAACUCCUGCUGACCGCUGCUGAUGACGGACAUAUGAAGCUUUAUGACUUUGCAAGUGGAAAGUUGGCCAAGACGUUAAGUCACCACGCGUCAUGGGUGCUGAGCGUCGACUUCUCACCCGACCAAAUGCGCUUCGUGUCAUCGUCGUCAGAUUCUUCGGUGAAAGUCUGGGAUGCUCGCCAGAGGGAGUUACUGCACACCUUCACCUCCCACACAGACCAGGUGAGUGGGAGUUACUGCACACCUUCACCUCCCACACAGACCAGGUUUGGUGCACGCGCUACAAUAAAGACAGCAGCAAGAUCGCCAGCGUCGGUGAUGAUAAGAACCUCAUCGUCUACAACUCCCCCGUCUGACGUGCCUUUAUUCCCUGCCAUAGAGUUAUUUAAUACGACAUUAACAUCAACGUUCAGAUUAUUCUAUCCUUCAUUUACCCUAGAUAUAUUCACCAAACUAUAAGCUUAAUGUCUCGGUUGUUUUUUUUAUCUAUUUUCUGAUCGAAUGCACGGAUUGCGCAGGUAGUUUUUCUGUAGCGUCUAAAAUUUGGAUUACAUCUCUGAAUUUGCUCUCUCUGGGUGUGUUUUGGUAAUAAAGUGUGUCUUUAUUUGGAGUUCCAAUUGUGUUCAAAGAAGAUGGAUGUGUGAAUGUGUAUGGAUCCAAUUGUGUUUCAAAGAAUGUGUGUGUGCCUGAGACGCGCUUCGUGCCCCGCCGUCGAGGCUCAAUGAAAUGCUAUUGGAAAAUCUGCCCAUUGAGGCGAAAUAUUCGAAGUCUGUUUGAUUUUUUUUUGUACUUUUGAUUCGAGGCUCACCAAAUUCUCAUUUAUUUUGUUUUUAAUAACAGAAAUUGAUAAUAGAACGCGUUUUUUUUUAAAUACUGAAAAAAUCUUUUACUCCAUCUUUGAGGUUCCAAAAUUCGGGCGCGUUUUUGUUUUUCGCCGCAAUUGCAGAAAUGGGGAUUCUCUGUAAUUGGCGGCCGUUUUCUUGCUUUGAAGCUUCCCCAAUUAUGAGCCAUGAAAUGUUCCCAGAACUCGAAGGAAAAUAACAUCUUUAAUUCUCGGAGGUUUCUUGUAAAAUCUUACAACAUUGAUACAAAAUUAUCAUGUACGUUCAAUUAACACUAAACCGAAUCGUAAAAAUUAUUAUUUUUUUAGUAAAUUUAGAGUUAAUAACUUACAAGGGAAGACGCAACGAUGGUUGGUGGCCAGGCUUAACAGUAGGAAUAAAUUCUCGUUUAAUGAAACUUUAUUUCCGCAAUCCACCGUUGAACGUCACUAUCUACGCGGACAAAUUCAACGUAGUUUCCAAUAGAAUUUUAAUGCAUUAGCUAGGCAUCAACGAUUAAAUGUGAUUUCGUUCCAGGGAAAUGUAUCUGCAUUUGCGCAGAAAUAGCGUUGUCAUUGUUUUCAAUAAUAUAAUGUUUCUAA